UCCUUUACCAUCAAGAAUACAUAAAACAAGCCCUGGCUUUCGAAACAAGGCAUUACUGCCAAAACAGAGCUAAGAAAACUUUGCACAGUAUCCGUGACUGAGCUGAGGGUACAAUGCAGUGCUAGCUAAAAAGUGAAUACAUGAAAAGUUAAAAUGGAAAAAAUCAUCGUGAUGUUAUCGUUAGCCUUAUCAGUAAACGCUUAUAAGUUCUUCUCGAAUAAGCUGGAUAACGAACCAUCCUUGUCAAUACUGUAUACACACGACAAAAGCAGCGACGCGGUGGUUCAAGACUGCCUCAGCGAGAUGUAUCCGCGCAAGCUCUACAAGUAUCCUCUACGUAUUGAUAGAAACGACGUGCCUUGCAUAAUACAUUGUGUGCUCAAGAAGUUCAAGAUUAUGACUAAUGAUGGAGUGAUCAACGUAAGAAAUUACUACAGAAGAGUGGCGGCUAUACAUAGAUAUGACCCAAGGAUUCUCAUUUCGGAUGUGGGCGACACGUGUGCGAAGAAUAUCAACAAUAUGAAUUUAGAUCACGAUGUGUGUAAGAAGGCAAAAGUCUUUAACGACUGUACGCAGUUAUAUGCCAUCUCAUUAACGGAAAACUACAAAUAAAU